AUGGCACAAGUCCAAGGCACUUGCCAUCCGGCCUUCUCUCCCCUCAAAGCCCUCUUUGAGGAGCACCUCGCUUCCGGCGAGGAACUCGGUGCCGACAUCUGCGUAAACAUCAACGGCGAGACCGUCGUCGACCUCUGGGGCGGCUACGCAGACAAUGAGCGCACAAAGCCCUGGACCAGAGACACCAUCACCCCCGUCUGGUCCGUCACCAAGAUCGUCACUGCCCUUGCCGCACUCACCCUCGUCGACCGCGGCCAGCUCGACCCCUACGCCAAAGUCGCCCAGUACUGGCCCGAGUUCGCCGCGCACGGCAAGCAGGACAUCGAGGUCCGCCAUCUCCUCAGCCAUACCGCCGGCUUACCCGCCUGGGAUUCGCCCCUGUCCCUCGAAGAAUACUACAACACGCCCCUGGCCACGCAGAAACUCAUCCAGCAACAACCCUGGUGGACGCCCGGCUCCGCCUCGGGAUACCACCUCUCGGCCCAGGGCUUCCUACUCGGCGAGCUCGUGCGCCGCAUCUCAGGCAAGUCGCUGACGCAGUUCAUCGCCGACGAGCUUGCGACUCCGCUCGACGCGGAUUUCCAGCUCGGCGUCGCGGAGAAGGACUGGCCGCGCACGGCGGAUAUCGUACCCCCGUCUGCAGCACCGUUUCCUGCCCUCGAUCCGCAGAGUAUCGCUAUGCGCGCAUUCCGCGGGACCCCCGCCGACGCAACAGCGAGCAUGACGCCUGAGUUCCGCCGCGCGGAGCAAGGCGCGACGGGCGGAUUUGGCAACGCGCGAGCGAUCAACAAGAUUACCUCGAUGGUUACGCUGGGCGGGAGCGUAAACGGGAAGCGCUUCCUCUCGCCGCAGACGAUCGAUCUGAUCUUCCAGGAGCAGGUCAGCGGCGUGGAUCUGGUGCUGGGGGUCUUUCUCCGGUUUGGGAUGGGCAUGGGCUUGCCGGUGCCGGAGAAUAAGGCGUUGGAGUGGAUGCCGCAGGGGAAAGUGUGCUUCUGGGGAGGCUGGGGUGGGUCAAUGGCGGUUAUGGAUCUCGAUCGUAAGGUGACGAUUACUUAUACGUUGAAUAAGAUGGGGGCUGGGACGCUGGGGAAUCCACGGACUGAGAAGUAUGUCAGGGCUGUGUAUGCGGCGUUGGAUGCGUACAAGCCAUGA